GCCGUCGUAUCGCCUAUCAUCGGGCCUCACCACCUUCCUUUUGUUUACUGCGAUCCUCUAGUGUACCGCUAAGCGACUAGCUGAGGUAACAUGGUCACGGUGCGACUAUAUGCCGUCCCCUCGUGGUCGGGUACUACGUAGCCGGUCAACUUCCUGUACACGUCACCACCGUUCAUUCUCCGGGCAUAGUUUCCGUCGAACAAGCCAGGAUCUUGUUUCUAGCCGUGCCAUUCAAAAUGGCGACCCUCCUUCGCCGCGUAAGCCAUGAAACAACAACCCUCGGUCGUCAGCAGUUCGAACCACCAAGGGGCGCAUAGACAACCGUCAAGAUGCGUUCGCCGAUCAAUCCUCAAGCGCCAGGCCACAAUCCCGUUGGUCUAGCUGAGAAGGAAGAGCUGGUGUUACGCCCGCUUCUUGCUCAUGACACGCAACCCAGUCCUGGGCAGCGUUUGAAGCGCAAACUGUCUAUCCUCCUGGCUUCCUGCGCCGUCUCGCUCGCCGUCCUCUUCGCGUUCAACAUACUGGCGUGCAACGGCACCCUGUUCGGUAUCAAGCCGCGUCCAUCUGAGCUCGCCAGCCCAACACCGCUCCAAGCCCGAGAUGAUCAGAGAUCUUCGGGCGAGAAGGACUGCCCAUGCAAGCCCACAUCCACGGUACCCGAUUACUUUAACACCAGCCCGGGCCCAUGGAUUGGAAAGACGGCCACGGGCAAAGCGCCUUUCAUGGCCCAGACCAGAACCUUUGACCAUGCUGCUACCUACGUACCUAAUGCGCCGCUGCAGACACAGGUGCCGAUUCAGGGCUGGCACCCGGGCAAUCUGAGCAUUUUCGGCAUGAUGGGAUUUCUGACGCCUUACACGCCCUCGACAGGGUUCGGCGUGGACGAGUGGCCGCUACCUGAUGGUGCCGAGAUUAUUUGGCUUCAGAUGGUCUCUCGUCAUGGCUCUCGCUAUCCCACUGGAGGCUCAAACGUGGAGUCUUUCGGUGCCCGUCUUGCCAAUGCGACUGGCAAGUUCAACGCUACGGGCGAACUCGAGUUCCUGAACAAUUGGAAGUAUCAGAUGGGCACUGAGAUUCUCGUCCCCAGAGGUCGCCAGGAACUGUUCGACUCUGGUGUCCUGCACGCUUACAUGUAUUCGUCGCUCUAUGACCCGAACACCAAGAUUAUCGCUCGUACGACGACCCAAGACCGCAUGCUGAGAUCUGCUGAGAACUUCUUGGCUGGUAUGUUCGGCCUGGAAUGGCCCAACAAUGUCACCCUCGAAGUCAUCAUCGAAGGCUCCAAUCUCAACAACUCCUUGGCAGGCUAUAUGAACUGUCCCAACGAAAGGGAAGACGGCCUUGGCUCUGCGGCCCGCGAUAUCUGGGUCGGCCACUACUUGCAGAAUGCAACUGAGCGUUUCUCCAAGCUCGUUACGGGUUAUAACUGGACGCUCGAUGACACUUAUGCCGCCCAGACCUUAUGCGCCUACGACACAGUCGCAAGCGGCUACAGCCGCUUCUGCUCCCUCUUCACCUAUGAAGAAUGGAUCGGCUUCGGCUAUUCCCACGACCUCCAAUUCUACGGCAACAACGCCUUCGGCUCCGAGACCGGCCGCGCCAUCGGCAUCGGUUUUCAGCAGGAAGUCCUCGCCCGCCUCCAAAACCACACCAUCCCCUACUCCGAGACCCAAGUCAACGUGACCCUCGACAACAAUACCGUCACCUUCCCGCUCAACCAGUCUCUGUAUCUCGAUUUCUCGCAUGACACCAACAUUGUCUCCAUCCUUGCGGCUUUUGGAUUAACCCAGUUCGAAGAGGACCUUCCCGCCGAUAAAUACCCGGGCGAACACAACUUUACGGUAUCGCACAUGACGCCCUUUGGCGCGAGACUCGAUAUCGAGAUUAUCAAGACGCCAAAGCCGUUGAAGGCUGAUCGGUCGGGCUAUGAGGAUGAGGGAGAGGAGACGAAGUAUGUCCAUUUUGUGCUGAAUCAACGGACGGUCCCGUUGGGGUGGAGCCAUCCGGAGUGUGAUGCGGAAAGGGUGGACGGGUGGUGUGAGUUUGAGGCGUUUUUGAAGGUGCAGGAGAAGAUGCCCGGGCUGGCGAGGUACGAGGAGGUGUGCUUUGCUGAUGGUGGGAGUCCUUAGGGGAGUUUGUAAGGGGGGGUCUAUGAGCAAUUCGUAAAGGUAUGCUUUUUUUUUUGGGAAGCACGCCUGUUUGGGAUAGGUGGUGAACUUUCACGAGUAUUGAUUAUGAACGGACAGGCUGGAGGAGAAAUGCGUGACGUGAAACGAAGAAAAAUCGAGAUGAGGACAUUUGUAUCUGGCGAAAGAGCCAAAAGCUUACUAGAUCUAUCUGCUGCCGAUUCGAAACUUUUGUUCGCCACAAUAUUCCGAUGCCCAAGUUUGAUGG